UACAAAGUUGACAACUUCCCAAGCAUUCCGGUUGCUUGAGGUUUGCUGAGCUUGCUAGGUAAGAGUGACCUCCAUUGCAGAUCGGUUGAACGUAGACUUUGCCCUCAUUCACAAGGAGCGCAAGAAGGCCAACGAGGUGGACCGCAUGGUGCUGGUGGGUGACGUCAAGGACAGAGUGGCCAUUCUGGUAGAUGAUAUGGCAGACACGUGUGGUACCAUCUGUCAUGCAGCAGACAAGCUAGUGUCAGCUGGAGCCACCAAAGUUUAUGCUAUCUUAACUCAUGGGAUCUUUUCUGGGCCAGCAAUUUCCCGAAUCAACAAUGCCUGCUUUGAAGCAGUUGUUGUCACAAACACAAUACCCCAGGAGGACAAGAUGAAACAUUGCCCUAAAAUCCAGGUGAUUGACAUCUCAAUGAUCCUCGCAGAGGCCAUCAGGAGGACUCAUAAUGGGGAAUCUGUCUCCUACCUAUUCAGCCAUGUCCCUUUAUAACAACAGAUGCCAGCUGCUGCUUGUAUGGCUUUUUUUUUAAAACCAAAAGUUGUUCAGCUUGUUAUAAAGUUCAGUAGAAGA